AUGCCGUCGCUAUCAGAAGAGGUUAAUACUACGACCAAUUGGUCCAAUUGGUCCGCUACUCCAUCUUCAUCAGACGAGAAGCAUCAAUCGAAUUGUAACAGCGAAGAUGUUUCGACAAGGAGUUCUCAAAGCGAGACACGGCAGGAUAAACACAGCCAUCCUUUAGCCCUAUACGAUGAAAUUCCAGAUUGGUACCAGGACAACCCAUAUGUCCGACGAGGCUACCGACCCGUGUCUAACUCGGCGCGAGUCUGUUUCGGAAGUUGGCUAUACCUACACAAUGAGACAGUGAAUAUCUUUACGCACCUGGUGCCAGCAAUAGCUCUACUCAUAAGUGGCCUGGCUUAUCUAGUUUCGCACCUACAGCACCGCAGUGGCGAUGAUGCUGGUGUCGUCGCAGUACUAUUACUUUCUGCAACGGCAUGUCUCAGUCUCUCUAGCACUUACCAUACGUUAAUGUGCCAUUCUCGAGAAGUAGAAGCUCUAUGGUUGCGUCUUGACUUUGUCGGCAUCAUUUUGCUAAUACUAGGGUCUCUCAUUUCGGGCGUCUACGUUGGUUUCUGGUGUGAGACGUUAGAAAGAAAGAUUUACUGGUCUAUGAUCGGAUCUCUUUCCGCAAUAUCCAUAAUUAUCGUGUUAGCACCCACGUUUCAGGGCCCAAAGUGGCGCAACUUACGUUUGCUCACGUUUGUAUGUACGGGGUUAUCUGGAUUAGCCCCUAUUAUCCAUGGGAUCGUCAUGUUUGGCUUCGCACAGAUGAUGAGGCAGUCUGGCCUACCUUAUUACCUAGCUGAAGGGGGAUUGUUUCUCAUCGGUGCCAUUAUAUAUGCUACGAGGUUCCCUGAGAGUAUCAGCCCGGGAUUCUUCGAUAUAUAUGGAUCAUCACACCAGAUAUUUCAUGUCCUAGUUGUUCUAGCUACUGUAGUUCAUCUAGCCGGUGUCCUUGACGCCCUUGACUACAAUUACUAUAACCGACAAUGUUUAGGGUGA